AUGGGAAAGAUCAUCUUCUAUGAGGACAAGAACUUUCAGGGCCGCUCCUACGAGUGUAGCUCUGACUGUUCUGAUCUUCACUCUUACUUUAACCGCUGCAACUCCAUCCGUGUGGAGAAUGGAAAUUGGAUGCUGUAUGAAUUUCCCAACUACAAAGGACAUCAGUACUUUCUGAGAAGAGGAGAAUACCCUGAUUUCCGACAAUGGAUGGGAUUUAAUGACUCCAUUAGAUCUUGUCGUUUAACACCUCAAGUAAGAGACGUGGACUGCUCCUACAGGGUGAGGAUCUAUGAGAGGGAGGACUUCAGAGGUCAAAUGAUAGAGUUUACAGAGGACUGCCCAUUUGUGUAUGAGAAAUUUCGGUAUCAUGACAUCCUUUCCUGCAAUGUGCUUGAAGGAUACUGGAUCUUCUAUGAAGAACCCAACUACAAAGGGCGUCAGUACUACUUGAGUCCUGCCGAGUACAGGAGAUACUUUGAUUGGGGAGCUAUAAAUAGCCGUGUUGGAUCUUUUAGACGAGCUAUGGACUUAUACUAA